UGUCUUCUCUCACCACCAUUACCGGUAACCUAUAUCAUCCCGAGUAGCCGAUCCAACGGUUUCCUUCUUUUGUCGGCUAUCAAGGUAUGCUUCGUACCGGUACAGUAUUGUUCAAUCGAUCUACUUAUUCAUUCUAUUCCACUUCAAGGAAGAUGGCAACCGAAGCAUCUUCUUCAUCCACAAAGAAGCAAUUAACGCCAACAGAUGAACAAAUUCAAAGAAUCACGGAAAAGAUUUCACAAGUUCACAAAAGGAUCUCACAAGCAAGCUCGGAUGCUAAAAGAGAAAAUGAACCAAGAUUAGUCGCCAUCUCAAAAUUACAUCCUCCUACCAGCAUCUUGGCGGCACAUAAACAUUGUCAACCUGCUCAAGUGCAUUUUGGUGAAAAUUAUGCGCAAGAAUUAGAAGCAAAAGCGAAAGUACUUCCUGAAUCGAUACAAUGGCACUUUGUGGGAAAGUUACAGAGUAACAAGGCAAAGCUGGUGGCAAGUAUCCCGAAUCUGUUCUUGAUUGAAACUCUGGACUCGAUCAAGUUAGCAAAUGCUUUGGAGAAAGUACGGGCAGGGCUGGAGAAUGCGGAACCACUAGGUGUCUAUCUGCAAAUCAACACAUCGGGAGAGGAGAACAAGGGUGGAUUAUCACCUCUUAAAUCUGAAGGGGAGGCUAAUGAAUCUGAAGUGUACAAGCUUGCGGUUCAUGUUAUUCAAGAAUGCAAACACCUCCAAUUGAAAGGGGUAAUGACAAUUGGAGCAGCAACAAAUAGCCAGGCAAGCAAGGAGAAAGGGGAUAUGCAGGACUCAAACAAGAGCCCUGGAGAGAUUGCAGCCGAGGCCCGAUCUGUGAAUCCAGACUUUGAUACGCUGCACACCACUAGGCAAGUGCUAGUGAAUGCUUUACGAAAAAGUGAUGAGAUACAAUCGGCAAAAGAUCGCUAUCCGACACUUCUCUCUGGAGAUGAUAAAGGUGGGUUGGAGUUGAGUAUGGGAAUGAGUAAUGAUUUGGAAGUGGCUGUUCGAGCGGGAAGCGAUAAUGUGAGAGUGGGAACGGAUUGUUUUGGCGUUCGUGCACCUUCAAGAGAUGAAGCAAUGGAAGCAAUGAAAGAUGAAUUAGAAUCAUGAAGCAGACAUCAUACAUUUGUACCAACAAUACACACACGCAUCGAAUCGUUAAUCAAAUUUGAGUAUUACCAUC